ACGUCACUUCCCCCGAAUGGAGCGGAUCCGGCAAAUGCUGCUGGGACCAGUGGCACAACAUCAACUCUGGCCGCGCCGGGAACAACCACCGGGAAUGACGGUACAAUAAGCACCUCUGAAGAGUUGGACCCAAGCGGACCUACGGCUCCUGCAUCGGGAAGCACGCAAAGAUCUCCAGCCGGCCACUUGGAGGGAAAUGCUGAUCCUGCUACUGCUGCUGCUGCUGCUGCUACCUCAACGUCUAGCGACCGCGAUGCGAUUGCAAGCGGCUCAGCUAGCCCUCGUACCACCUUCACAGCUGCUGCCUCGGAGCCCUCCGCCCCGGAGCAGCCGUCUUUGUUCCCCGGUGGAGCGAGUGGGUCCUCGUUCUCGUCGGGCGUCGAAAACACUCCACCACCGAGCAGGGCUGCCAGCCCCAGCGCUGCCUCUCGCUUUACAGCGGUUCAUCUUCCGACAGGAACGGGGACUGCAGCGACUACAGGGCAAACUCCAACCACACAACCGCUUGGCGCCGUUGUGACAGCGGACGACGUGGUGCAGGGACGAGAGACUCAAAUUGACUCGCAUGUUGAAGAGGCAUUUAUUCCCAGCACGAAUUCUCCGCUCAGCCGCUCGCAAUCGUUCCAGGACUUGCAGCGCCAGGAGACGACUCCACUCACCACUGGCAACGCUUCCUUGAGCCGCACCAAAUCGUGGCCCUUGCUUCCUGGAAUGGAAGCGGAAGUGGAAGUUCGACCCGAGGAACUUCGUGUUGCGGCGGGAGAUGCAACUGCGGGAGAUGCAGCUGCGGGAGAUGCAGCUGCGGGAGAUGCAGCUGCGGGAGAUGCAGCUGUGGGAGAUGCAACUGCGGGAGAUGCAGCUGCGGGAGGUGGAGCUGCGGAAGAAGCUUCCUCUGCAGGGCAGGAACGGUUGCAGCAAGAUGGAAAUAGUACUACAAGAGCAGCUGCUGGCGCUGGCGCUCCCAUUUCUUGUGCCAGGAAAAGCAAAUUCACCCGGGUCGCAGAAAGGAUCGCCGGCGCUGCGGCCUCGUUGCAGCAGCUUUUGAUCAACUAUGUCCAAGUAGUGCGGGGGCAAAAAUUUGCAGGUCAGGACCAGGGCCAGGGCCACGACCAGCAGCAGCAUAGCGAAGACGACGGCGACGUGACCCGAAGUCAACAUGAUGAGAAACAGGAACAACUAGUAAAAUACCGUCAUGCCCUUCACCCGGUUCUCAACUUUUUGCACACAAUGUCGGCGGAGGCGAUGGUCAGUGUGGGGUUGCACCUGGGCGCAACGCUGCAACCGGAGUUCGGAGAGGAGUUACUGCUUGCCUUUGCGGAAAUCACGCGGGAUCUGUGCCGGAAAGUUAAGAGCCCCGAGAUGAGAAAUGCCCUCCUGCACCGUGCGGCCGCGGCGUUGGAACUGGCGGCCAAGAAUAGUAAGGGGCACAAGUCGAGUUUCAAUUUGCAAAUUCUGAAAGACAUUGAACAAAACCAACCCGUGAACAUCAAAUUUCUUCACGAUAAACCUGCUGGAAAAACCCAAACCGGCGACGAGCUCGUGGUGGAGGAUGAAGGAGGAGCGGCUGUUGAGCAGCAGCAGCUACACAUCGGAAACGAAGACAAUACUGCCAGUACGUCCUCAACGCAGGUCGUGGCUAAGGAAGAUCAGCAUCAGGAGACCUCGUCCGGUAAUGACGGCCUGCUCCCCCCUGGGGACUCGUCUUCGGAGACGGCAGGUGCGAGACCGUCUACUUCAUCCACGCAGGACGAAUUGCAUCAGGAUGAAAACGGAGACGCUGUAGUUUUGCCGGAUGAGGAAGAAGACGAAGAGGGAGAAGACGAAACCGUCCACCUCCCGGUCCCGGAUGAUGUUGAUGCUGAACUCGUAUCUUCAGGAACGGACGCGGUCCUUGACCAGGAGCUGCACCCCACGGCAACCACGACACACAUCGUCACCACGACCCGCGACGAGCAUCGGUACGGCGCGGCCUGCACGGUGUUGCGGCGCAAGGUGGAAAAGCUGCUUUUCGUGUCCUUCGUCUUGAUUUUCGCUUGGGAGUCUGGCCGGCGCGAUCCGGCCAGCGUCUGCGCAUCGCCGCUAAGCGAGGACCUCAUCUCGGUCUCCAACGGUACUCACUGUUCGCGACCUGGCCGACCCACCUGUUCGGCCGGGCAAGCACCGCGCUCUCUGCUCGCCGGUCGCCACUCAGCGGAUCCUUUGGCGGAAGCAAAUGCAGCGUCUCUCCUGUCCUCCUGGUUUAGUACUUCCAAUACUGCCCCAGCGGCGCAGGAGAAGACCGUGGCGCAGGAGCAGCAACCCGAGAGUGAAGACGAAAAACAGGAUCAUAAUGACCAAUGCUUGCCUUCGAUCUUCGACGUGAUUGACGUUCCGCAAGGCAGUGAAGAAGUGAUGUGCUUUGCUGCGGAGACGAGCACUAGUGGAGUUGUUGACACCUCUAUCCAAGAAAAAAACGUGUUUAGUGUAAAUUUGUGAUGCGCAACAUAUUUAUAAGAUGACUGCGUCUUUCAUGCUAGGGAUGCAUUGUAGGGUCCAUUCAAGGGCGUUUUCUGGUACUAUCUGCGCAUGAUGUCAUGCCAGAGAUAUUUGCAAUGCUGAUCCUCCAAGAAAGUAUACACCUAGAAUCUUUUUUUCUUGGAUAGCCUCCUCCUGCGCAGGAGACGAGAGUUCGGGCACCAGCUCCUGCAAGGUCGUGGUUACAAAAAUGGGCCCGCCAAAAACUUGCGGCAACCUCAGGGGCCACUUGCAGGUCGCGGAUAAGACCGAGGGCUCGCAUAAUCAGGCGCUUGACGAUGAUAUUGAUAUCCGGUGUAAAUAAAACAUCCCCACCUCCUCCCGCCCAUAGUCAAGUAGAUGAGAAAAAAUCUGCGCCAUCGCAAUAAACUUUUGGCUGCUGCCGCUGCCCGCGACAAAUUUGGGCUAUCCGCAGUACAGCCGUUUCAUUUGACUAGUGCAGCCAAAUCGCAAAUCGAUUGAUAGCAUACGCUAUCGAGCCUUAUUUUCAGAUAGAGCAUGACAAGUUCCAAUUCCAUUGCAUUCAGAAAAUAGCUCUCAUGGCACGUAGCUUCACACGGUGAGAAGCAUUUUAGGCCCCCUGCAGAUUUGCAUGACAAGUGGGGACGUUUUUACUUACACAGGAUAGAUACAAUUGGGCACGAAACGGAGGACGGAGGGCGGGCGCCAGCUCCCGCUGUCCCCGGACUUGAUGACAGGCGCAGCCAGAGUACUAUCAAAGGAUGAAAAAACGCAGCAUGGUGUCUUGUCAUUCAGGAUGCAAGCGAAGAACCUUCGCUGAUGUAGUUUUCGCAAUACAGAUUUCACAAGAUGAUUUUUAUAUUUUUCUGCAGCUUGAUGCAUUUCAUGUAGUUUCUUUGAAGAAGGCCUUUGCGGCUUCUACAACUUGGUCGUCUCUAUUACUUCUAGCUGGUAAGGUGGAAGUAGUAGAUGUUGAACAUAGUAAGUACUUUUCGUGUUAUUUACACCAGAGGCAGAAACUCGAAGAUGUAGGUGUUACGUUUUUUCUCCUUGAAACGCCUCGGUAAAGGUGCAGCGCUGAUUGCAGGCGGGGGUGCUCUCUACCUUACCUAUGGAAACAACAUGCGCUGA